UGCACCGGAUACACGCCGCCUUUUACGGUUUACGAAACGAUACAUCGAUUUUGAAUACAAACAUAUUUGGAUUACGUGUACUCAUUACAGUUCCACUGUGUUCUGCAAGAGUGCAACGCCUGUGGAAGCAAUUUAGAAUCAACGUUAAAACAAACGGAACAAAAAAAAACAACACGAACAAAACAAUGGCUUUCCAACGCAGCUACAGCAAGGUGUGGUGGGGCUCCGAUAAUCAACAGUUACCAUCAUCCUUGGCAUUGUCGUCAGCCGCUGGCGGCGCAUCCUCCAUUGGCAACGGCACCAGUUUCACAAGCGGCGGCUUCUACUAUGGCUCUUACUUCACACAAAAGACCCAACCACUGAGUGCGCAGCGUUCAAAUUACAACAACCACAGCGGCGGAUAUCAUUCGCUGGAUACGGGCAGCUUUCGUUCGCACAUCGGCAAUUUGUCGCGUAUACAGGAAGUCGAGGACGAGCACAACAACUCGCGCUUGUCGUGGGGCAAACGUGACAGUCCUGGCAGUCUACGAAGUCAGGAUUCCGGUUUCUCUGACAAUGAUGAGUCGCACAGUGGUCGCAGUCUCGGCGGACGUUCGUCGAAACCCUCCUCGCCCAGCGCCAAAUCGACGGGCAGCUCACACAGUGCGGUCAGCUCGCCGAGUUCGGUGCGCUCGGUGGCGGUUGAGACACCUCCCACCGUCAUCCGACGCGUAGGCCAAUCGGAAUUCUAUUCACCGCUGGUGAACGUAUCGCGCCGUAUAUCAUUUUCCGGUUCACCUGCCACAACGGCCGCACUGGAUGCCGCCUUAGCCGCGAAACAAGACUCAACAACGACACAAUUGCCGACAUGCCUGACUGCCGAUGAACUGCUGAUGGAUGAGGCUGUGAGUGCUGCGAAGAAAUUGAAUUUCGACGAUGCCAAUGCGAACGGUGGACUGGCCGUGGCCGCACCGCAACAAGCGCAGCAACAACAACCGAAACGACGUCGCCGCAUCAUACGUCAGCUCACGAAACCAUUGUCGCCCACCAAGCGUCGCACUCUACUCAACGACACAGAUAACAGCGACGAGGAGCGCGACGCCGACAGCGUAGUGAAAGACAGCAAUUCAUUUGAUGAGCUUGACCGUUCAGCGGAACAAAAUCGCUCGCGUACUCGUUUGCAUAUUGUGCCAGAUUACAACAAUGAAACUGUCUAUCUUGGUGUGGCCGCCACAACGCCCACCGCAAAGCCGUACAACAAUGAGACGGUUGUGCUGGGCGCCGGUGGUGAAAUUACGAGCGCUCUCAAUGAAGAUAGCAACAACAAUACGCUUAAGUAUGAUGCGCUCGAUAUUGAUAACACAUUGUCGCCACUGAAAGGCAACGAACAGCAACGCUUCCUGGGCAGUACGAGCACACCAAAAGCCGCCCAACAGAGUAACGCGAAGCCGUGGACGCAAAUGUCUUUCCGCCAUGUCACACAUGAGUAUGAUAAUCCAUUGUUGAAUGGUCACACACCGGACUUGCAGCAUUGGCUGCAUGACUUGCGUUCAUCGUAUGAACACGAAGUGAUGUCCACACUGCAGACGAAGUCAAUAGCGCAGGAGGCAUUCAAGAAUCUGACGAUAACAACGAACACCGUUGCCAAAUUGAUACGUCAGUUGCAGCAGCGCGCGCUCUCAAUGCAGUCGGAUUUCGAACGAGUAGAGCGUAUAUUAUCCGGCACGCAAGAGGCCACACUGCACGCAGCGCUCUCUAGCGCUGAACAGUUGGUGGAGAAUGUCGCAGAAUUUACACAGGUGCUCGAACGGCGCGCCGUCUUCUUCAAUGAGUCGCGUGCCGAUCGCAAGCGCUAUGACGAGAAUAUUGAGCAGAUACGUAUAAUAACAAAAGACACGCGCUACUCACUCGAGCGUCAACACUACAUCAAUCUAGAGUCGCUGUUGGAUGAUCUGCACGUGCUGAAGCGCUACCUGCUGAUUAGUCUGCGUCAGCUGUUCGAGAAGAUGGUGCGCGUCAUCGUACAGAGUGUCGAACAGGGUCAGUGUGAUCUCAUGCUGCGUGCCAACAUAAACAUGAUUGCGACGCUGAUGAACAUCGACUACGAGGGUUUCGCCUCACUCACGGAUGCAUUCGUGCAGAACGAAGCCGUACGUGCCUUACUCAUCGUCUGUCUCGAGAGUAAGUUGUCGUCGGUGCGCGCGCAAGCUUUACGUGCACUCGCUACAGUUUGCUGCUCACCAGCGGCGAUCGCGCAGUUGGGCGCUUGCGGCGGCAUUGAAAUCGUACGCGACAUUAUACAGGUGCCUGGUAAGGAGCGCAAAGGCGAAUUGAAGCGCGGCGAUAUUGAGCGACGCGAGGCGGUCUCGCUGCUCACACAAAUCACUGCUGCUUGGCACGGCCCGGAACAUCGCGUUGACGGCCUUAAGGCAUGUGCAGAGAUCAUUGUGGAGGGGCUAACACAGUUGAUAACAAGCACUGCGUGCGCACAGACGCUGUUGUUAUGUGCCGCGGCUUUGAAUAAUCUCAGUCGUAUCGAGGUGACGUCACAUUACUCGAUAAUGUCCAACGAGGCCAUAUUUAAGUUGAUCGAGGUGGUGCAGACUCGUGGCGAAGAGGCGUCCAUUUUCCUUUAUGAACAAAUCGUUGCGAUGUUGCACAACAUGUCGGCGAACAAGAAGUGCCACAGUCACUUGGCCAAUGGCGUCAUCAUAAAUUUCAUCACGUGCGUAUAUCAAACAGAGUUCUAUAAAAGCUACAAAUCGCGCGCCGAAAGCGAUGCACAGCGCCGCACCAUCAAAGCCGUGCUGCACACGCUGACACACUUGGUGCACGAAUCCAGUCUGGGCAUUGAACUGCUGGAGCAGCAUCGCGUACCCGCCUUCUUCCGGCAGGCGAUGUCUAUUGGCAGCGGCGGUGGUGGCGCGAACGGUGCAUGGUCCUUGGACGGUAGCCACGGCAGAGACAUCUCGGCAUUGGCGCGCCAACUGCUGCAGGCGCAAAAGCAGGAACUAGCUGCCGAACAGGUUGGCGGUGGUGGAGCGAGUGGCAAAGGCGAUCACAAAUUCAAUUUGACGCGUCAGGAGAGUUUCGUCUGAGCGGCUGUUAGUUGCAUGCAACACAGUUGCAAUUGCAUGUUGCGCGUUGGACGCUUGGGGGUUUGAGCGCCUCAGGGCAGGAGGCCGCAGAAGUCGCUGACUCCUCGGUUCAACAGAUGCCAGUUCCGUUAAUACAAUCAACGCUUGUGUUUUCCCGACUCAGACACAUUUUCGCGACCGAGUCGCGCCGUUAGCGUCGAUUGGCUGCCGCGUAUACGCACGCCAUGACAAGGAGGUGGGUGCGUUCAGUAUUACAAACGGAGCUGUGGAUAAUACUUGAUGUGUAAAUGAGUUUUUGCCAUUUUUACUGGGUAAAGAUGUGUGCAAAGACUUCUAAGACGCUUGAGACAAAUAAAAUAGAGAUUUCCAAAUAUUUGUAAUUUGUUUAUUGAAAACUAAAUAUUUAACAAAUAUGAAAUUGUAAAUAAAUUAAGCUGUAAAAAUGUUAAUGAAUUUAUAUAAAAGAAAAAACUUAAAACAUGUACAAACCAUUUCCACUUUGAUUGGGGAAACUCAACGAAGUAACAUAGUCAGUUAUGUGCCAAAAAUUGUUAAAAUUAUAUAUAUAUAUAUAUAUAUAUGUCGCUCGCUUUAUGAUCGAUAUUAUCAUUGUAUAAUAGCAUAGUAGCUCUUGUGUGUUUGUGUUUGUAUUGUAUGCGUUUGAACCGACUUUUUGCUGCUCUAGUUUAUAAAUCAUAAAUGACACGCAACAAAUUUGCUCUAAAAAAAUUGUAAUAUAUUCAUGUUUAUAUAUAUGUUUUUGUGUGUAUGUGUAUGUAGAAUGUUGUAGUUUUCCAUUAAGUUAAAUAUAUUACUAAUUAAUUAACGUACUUCAUUCAUACAAUUAAGCCUUUUUAUUUUAUAAAUUAUUUUUUAAAGAAAUAAAUAAAAACGCGAAAUUCAAAUG